AUGGAGCAGAGAAAACUUGUGGUUUUGGGUAUCCCUUGGGAUGUUGACACUGAGGGCUUGAAAGAAUACAUGAGCAAAUAUGGUGAACUAGAAGAUUGCAUUGUCAUGAAGGAGCGUUCAACUGGACGAUCUCGUGGUUUUGGAUAUGUUACAUUUGCUUCAGUAGAUGAUGCCAAGGAAGUAUUGUCAGGUGAACAUGUUCUUGGUAAUAGGAUGCUUGAAGUCAAAGUGGCUACACCAAAGGAGGAGAUGAGGGCACCAGCCAAAAAAGUUACCAGAAUUUUUGUGGCCAGGAUUCCACAAUCUGUAACAGAAGCAACUUUUAAAAGUCAUUUUGAGAAAUAUGGAGACAUAACAGAUUUGUACAUGCCAAAGGAUCAAGGCUCAAAGAUGCAUCGUGGAAUUGGUUUUAUCACUUUUGCAAAUGCAGAAUCUGUGGAGAGUUUGAUGUCAGAAACCCAUGAACUCGGCGGUACUGCUGUAGUGGUUGAUCGAGCUACACCUAAGGAAGAUGACAUUAAGUCGACUGGUAGAGUGUCACAGGGAGGAUAUGGUGCAUACAAUGCAUAUAUUUCUACAGCAACUAGAUAUGCAGCACUCGGAGCUCCUACCUUGUACGAUCAUCCUGGCCCAAUUUAUGGAAGGGGAGAGCCUCGUCGAAGAAUUAGUAAAAAGAUUUUUGUUGGCCGCCUCCCCCCCGAAGCAAAUUCUGAGGAUCUCCGUCAAUAUUUUGGAAGAUUUGGCCGUAUAGAAGAUGUUUACAUUCCUAGAGAUCCUAAGAGAACAGGUCACAGGGGUUUUGGAUUUGUUACCUUUGCUGAAGAAGGUGUAGCAGAUCGUGUCUCUCGAAGGUCUCAUGAGAUCUGUGGACACCAGGUGGCAAUAGAUUCAGCCACACCUGUUGACGAUGCUGGGCCCAGUGAAAAUUUUAUGAUGAGCAGUAUGGAACCUUUUGGAGGAUAUGGUGGUCCAUUGCGAAAUUAUGGGAGGAUGUAUGGGGGUUUAGACUAUGAUGAUUGGGGUUAUGGAGUUCCCAGUGGGAGGCCAUCAAGAGCAGAUUAUCAAGAGCAGCUCGGGAGGCCAUCAAGAGCUGAUUAUCAAGAGCAGCUCGGAAGGCCAUCAAGAGCAGAUUGGAGGUAUAGGCCAUACUAG